AUGGCCAAGAAAAUCGUUGUCAUUGGGAGCGGCUUCGCUGGUUUAUGGACCGCCAUUGGUGCUAAGAGGCUUAUCGACCUAAAUAAGAGCUUACUGGUUGACCAAGAUGUUGAAGUGUUGGUUGUUGCACCAGAGCCCAAACUUGUGAUUCGUCCUCCAACCGGCAUCCGUUUCGCUCAAGGAGUUGUUCAUACCAUUCGAACAAAAGAGAAGGAGAUUGAAAUGGUCGACAUGGCUGGAGUAUCAUCAAAGUUAUCCUACGACAAACUCGUCUUGGCUGCUGGUAGUCGUUUGGUUCGCCCCGAGAUCCCUGGACUCAAAGACCACGCAUUUAGCAUUGAUACUAUCCGAGAAGCGGCAAAUCUUGAAGCUCACUUGCGCCAUCUUGUUGCUUUGCCAUCUACGCAAGCCCGAAAUACUGUGGUAAUAUGUGGGGGCGGCUUCACGGGCAUCGAAUUGGCCACCGAGUUGCCUCGUCGAUUACGCGCUAUUCUCGGCCUUGACACCAAAGUCCGUGUCAUUCUUGCUGAGCGAGCAAAUGUUGUUGGCCCUUCAUUGGGAGACAAUGUUCGGCCGAUUAUUACCAAAGCGCUGGAGGAUGUCGGGGCGGAAGUCAAGCUUGGGGUUACAAUCAAGUCUGUGGACGCCGGAGGUAUUGUGAGCACAUCGGGUGAGCGCAUCGAGGCUCUCACUGUUGUUUGGACUGUUGGUAUGGAAGCAAGUCCUCUCACACAACAGAUACCUGGUGAAAGGGAUACUAUGGGGAGAUUGAUCGUAGAUCGCAAUCUGCGAGUUCCAUCGUGUACCGACAUUUUCGCCACAGGCGACAUGGCAUCUGCUAGGACUGACGAUGUGGGCAACUACACCCUCAUGUCGUGUCAACACGCUAUUCCGCUGGGUCGCGUAUCUGGUUACAACGUGGCGGCAGAUGUCUUGAAGAUAGACUUGCGUCCUUAUGAGCAGCCUCAUUACGAGACUUGCCUUGAUCUUGGGGCUUGGGGUUCCGUGAUAACUUCGGGUUGGGAACGUCAAGUUGUGAAAGCCGGGGCACCAAUGAAAGAGGCCAAGGAAUUUGUCAAUCGCAUCCUGAUUUACCCUCCGACCAAUCCGGUGGAAGCUUUCGCCUUUUCGGAUCCCGAUUGGGUCGGCCCUUCAACGAAGGCUUAUCUUGAUCCUGUUCAGGUCUAG